UAUCGCUUAAUCCACAAAGAAAAGGAAAUCAAAACCGCAGGAGCAAUUAUAUUUGACCCAAAAAAAAAACAAAAAUGAAAGGUCGUCUUCAAUUUCUCGUAGCUAAAAUCAUAUUGCUGGCUUUAGCAUCUUCGUUUGUAUCUUGUUACGACCCAUCUCCUCUUCAAGACUACUGUGUUGCCGGCGUCCAGGAUAUAAAUGGAGUUUUCGUAAAUGGAAGAUUCUGCAAAGAUCCAAAACUAGUAACAUCCAAUGAUUUCUUUGCUUCUGGCCUUAACAUCCCGGGAAACACCAGCAACCGCCUUGGCUCCUUUAUCAACCCCGUUGAUAUCCCUGGUCUUAACACUCUUGGGGUCUCCAUUGCCCGCAUUGACUUUGCCCCGGGUGGUCAAAUCCCACCGCACAUUCAUCCACGGGCCUCCGAGAUACUUUUAGUCAUCAAGGGAAAGCUCUCAGUCGGCUUUGUGUCGUCGAACGACUACAACUACACACUCUUCUCCAAAAUUCUUUAUCCAGGAGAUGUGUUUGUUUUUCCCAUCGGAUUGGUCCAAUUUCAUGCAAAUGUCGGGAAGACAAAUGCGGUUGUCAUUGGGGCUGUUGGGAGCCAAAAUCCUGGUUUGAUCGCGGUAGGUGAUGCAGUUUUCGGGUCGAACCCUUCGAUUGAUCCAAAGAUUUUGGCUAAAGCGUUUGCGUUGGACAUCAACACAGUGAAAUAUCUUCGGACAGUGUUCUUUCCUGAAGAUGAUAUCGUUAAUGAAUAAAAUUAGUGAUAAAUAAUAAUUGUGGAUAUGUAAUUUGAUGGUUUUAUACUAGUAAAGUGUAACAAAUACAGAUUAACAAAUAAAUAAAAUAUAGAUUAAUAAAAUAGUCAGAGUUCCCAACGUUU